AUGUCAAAGCUUGGACCUAGAUUUGGCAGUGUAUUGUGUAUUGUACUCCUGGAACUUAAUGUUCUUCAUCCAUUCAUUGCCCUUACAUUUCUCAUUGGCCUUAGCUCAGAAACAGCUGGUCUCUCAUCAGGCUGGGCACUCAUUAACUCAGUGAAGCUACUGUGGACUCAGGGCUAUACACAAGUGCUCUGCAGCCCAACUCAAAGAGAUCCAUCACUUCCUCAACCAGACAACUAUCUCAUAGCCAACACCUUGGGAAUGACCAGCUAUCAGCAAGCACCCUGUUGCUGGUGGCCAGCCAGCUGCUGCUGCACUUCCAGUCACUUGGUAACAAAGCCUUCAAAGUGGUGUUCCUAUGGCACCACCAACAGUCUUGCUCAGAUUCUCAGCCCCUAUCUCUGCAGUCACUUCCUCCUUCAUCAGGAAAAAAGCAUAUUACUUGUGGGACUUGCCCAAGACGCCCAAGUGAAUUUAGCUCCAAAGACAAGUCCCUUGCCAUUUUUGCUUGAGCAUGAUGCCCAAGACACGUUGUUCCUGGUAUAA